AGAUUCAGUUGACAAUCGAAUCGAAUGCAAUUAUGACGGCGGUCAACACCUUCGUGACCAUGUGGCGGUUUCUGCUCACACUGGGACCCUCGGCCAUGGUGAUACUGAUGCUCAACAAGGGCAUCAAGGACUAUCGCAGCGACAUCGUCGAUGAGGCGCAGCGUGUGCGCUCCAUUCACAUCGAGCAGUUGCGCAGCACCUAUGACUUUAUCAUCGUGGGAGGCGGUUCGGCGGGCUGUGUGCUGGCCGCUCGACUCUCCGAGAAUCCGGCGUGGAAUGUGCUGCUGCUGGAGGCGGGCGGCGAUGAGCCGCUGCUGAUGGACUUGCCGCAAAUGUAUCCGGUAUUUCAGCGCAGUCCCUGGGACUGGAAAUACUCCACUGAGCCCACCGAUCGCUAUUGCCUGGCCAUGGAGGAUCGCAGUUGCUUCUGGCCGCGCGGCAAAGUGCUCGGCGGUUGUUCGUCGAUCAAUGCCAUGAUGUACAUACGCGGCAAUCGCCACGACUACGAUCACUGGGCCGAGCUAGGCAACCCCGGCUGGGAUUACGACAAUGUGCUGCAUUACUUCCGCAAGGCCGAGGACAUGCGAGUGCCCGGCUACGAGCACAGUCCGUAUCACGGCCACGGCGGACCGAUCAGCGUUGAACGCUACCGCUCACCGUCGCCGCUGCUCGAUAUCUUCAUGUCGGCCGCGGUGCAACUGGGCUUGGGGCAUCCCGACGGCGACUUCAAUGGCCGCACCCAAAGCGGCUUUGCACCCCCGCACGGGACGCUGCGCGACGGGUUGCGUUGCAGUGCCAACAAGGGCUACAUGCGUCGCAGCUGGCAGCGACCCAAUCUGGAUAUUGUGCUCAAGGCAUUCGUCAAUCGGCUGCUCAUCGCCAAGGAUGCGAGCAAGCGUGUGCUGGGCGUCACCUUCGAGUACGGCCUGGGACACUACAAGGUGCUGGCCAGCCGCGAGGUGUUGCUCUCAGCCGGUGCCUUGGCCAGUCCCCAGCUGCUGAUGGUGAGCGGCGUGGGACCAGCGGAGCAACUGCUGCCGCUCGGCAUUGAGGUGCAUCAGCAUUUGCCAGGCGUGGGCGGCAAUCUGCAGGAUCACAUCUCCACCUCGGGGGCAAUCUACACCUUCGACAGCCCGCAGCCGGGUCAGCACUUGUCGUUCAUUGUGCCCGAGCUGUUGAACGAGAAUUCGGUCAAUGACUUUGUGCAUGGCCAGCGGGGUUUCUUCUACGCCAUGCCUGUGAGCGAGGUGAUGGGCUUUAUACACACACGCUACCAAAAGUCCGGACGGGAUUGGCCCGAUGUGCAGCUGUUCAUGGGCAGCUAUGGCUAUGGCGCCGAUGGUGGCAUGAUUGGGCGACGUGGCGCUGCCAUCACGCUGGAGAACUAUGCGAAUACCUUUGAGCCGUUGAUGUAUCACGAUUCCUUUGUGAUCGCUCCGCUGCUGAUGCGCCCACGAUCGCGUGGAUACGUUCAACUACGGUCUGCGGAUCCCAAAAUACAUCCACGCAUUCAUGCCAACUACUACGAUGAUCCUCUGGACAUGGCCAUCAUGGUGGAGGGCCUCAAGUUGUCCCAUCAGCUCACCCAGACGCCGGCCAUGCAGCGUCUCAAUGCCACCAUGAACAUCUACGAGUGGCGCAACUGUCCCGAGGUCGAGUACCUGAGCGAUGCCUUCUGGGAGUGCCUCGCUCGUUACUACUCCCAGACCAUCUAUCAUCCGGUGGGUACAUGCAAAAUGGCACCUCUAGACGAUCCCUCUGGCGUUGUCGAUCCCCGCUUAAGGGUGCGAGGUCUUCGCGGCUUGCGGGUGAUUGAUGCCAGCAUCAUGCCCACGAUUCCCACGGGAAACACGAAUGCGCCCACGCUGAUGAUCGCCGAGCGCGGAGCGGACAUCAUCAAGGAGGAUUGGCAUCGUUAUACACACGGUGGUUGGCUUUAAUUGAACAGCUUAUUUCACUUAGUUUCAGUCUAGUCUCAGUCACUCUUUAACUUGCUCUCAAUGUUUUCGAAUGAAUAAAGAUAUUUAACUCAA